AUGGAGCGAAAUUCAUGUGAAAUGAACGAAAAAGCAGAGUUCUCCGUACUCAUUAAGGUCUUACAGGAGGAGAGACUUCGCGAAAAAAAGGAGGAAGUUGAUAAUGCUUCUCUUUUUACGUCGGACAACAUUGAAUGGGCCACAUGCAAAGGCUUCAAUAUCGAAGUGGGAAAGCAGCAGAUCGAGGCGUACAUCAAGACCUGGGAGAUUCGGCCCUGUUGGAUCUACAGCAUAGAGUUUUUCCGCACAGGACAAGAGGAUGGCUUUACAAUCUACCUCUACGAAGUCAUCUUAAUGGCACCAACGAGCAGAAAACCGAUCUCGGAAAGAGUCAGCGUUUACUUCGCGGCUGAAAUAUCGAAAGAGGAGGCCGAAACUCGACCGGUGAAGGUCCGAUUCAUACUGGAGUCCUGCAGGGUUAUACAUACUCCAGGGAAGAACAGGUUCAACGAGAAGUGGCUGACGAACAUCACCGAAACUAAAGCUUUAUGGCAAAAAAUGAUGGACUUCUGA